UAUCCUGCCUGAACCAGACUGAUCUGAACAAAGGUGACCUAUGGUUUUGGGAUUCCCUGGAUGUGAUGAUGGAACAAGAUUCCUGCCCUGCUUCUAUCCAUGUCACCCUGAAAAAUGGCAGUUCUUCCUGUUUGACCUCAGUGGAGCAGCUCUUUGAGAUAGCGCUGACAGAACUGCAUGAAGAAGGCAGUCCGACUGAUGUUGCCACUGAUGGAUGUCGCUGCAAAGAGACGGAGAAGAAACUUCCAGAUGAAACCUCACCCGUCACAAGAGCAAGGAUCUGGCGUUCCAGCGACACCUGUAAUUCAACUCAGAUUAUAGAGACACUGAUGGACGGCAGAGAAGUGUGUGUGAAUGAAACCAGCUAUUUAGAGUACUUGGACUUCAGUCAUUCCAAAAUCAGCACCCCCAUUGAACAUGGAACAGCCGGGGUGAGGAUUGACAUUCUUCCUGGGGAGAAACAGCAACCUACACAACUUGAGGAUCGAUCUUUAUUGAUCAGGGGAACAGAGGAAGAACGUUACGAUAUCGUUUGCCUUGGCUGUGUUUCCCCUGACUGGAACGACUUUGACCCGCAGGAUGUUGAAAGUUUGGUGAUGACAACAACUCCUGGCUGUCCGGCUCUGGUUGUAGUCAAAAGGAAAACAAAACACGGCUUCUGCGUUGUCUCAUCUGAUUCUAUGUUUGAGGUUCUGCUGGAGAAACUGGACAUCUAAGCCAAACACAGCGAGCCAGACGGCGUUCUCUGAUUUCUCUUUGAUUCUACAGGAGGAUUACAGGAAUUAAUUUUUGAGACAAAAUAUAAUCAAGUUUGGAGUAUUUUAAUUGUAAGCCUUUGCUUUUCUUUGCACUGAGAUAUACAACCCAAAUUCCAAAAAAGUUGGGGCGCUGCUUAAAUCAUUUAAACUCACAUUUUAUUCACAAUUGAACAAUAUCAGAUGCUGAAACUGAGACAUUUACUAUUUCACAAAAGUAUUAGCUCAUGCUGAAUUUGAUGGAAUUGGUUCUUUGCAGAUGACAUCAUGCAGCAGCAGAGAACUCCUCUUGGGGGUCAGGUAGUGAUUUCUGCAUGGAUAAAAUGACCCCCAAAAGACCAUGUUUUGAGCUGUUUUUGACUAUGCCAAGCAUUCAAAGUGUAACAAUAUAAAAAUUCUUAAUUCUGAAGCUACUAUUAUG